UUACCCUUGGGCGAACUCCGCCUCGCCGCCUUGGGCGACUCCGGGGCUGGGGCUGGGGGGGGUUGGGGGGCUGGUGCUGGAGGAGGCGGUGCUUGUGGCGGCGGUGGUGGUGGGGAUGGCCUGCGGGAUUUGGGUGGCGGCUUCUUCGGAGGGGGCUUGGCCGGGGCUCUGUAUGUAUGUUGUGUGUAACGAGACACGAGACACGGUGGAUGGCUAUUCGCUUCUGACGUAACUUCCGACGCGACUGCUCACUUCUUUGGGCUGUGCCCCUUUGUUCUUGGCGACCAGGUCAAGAAGUCCGAACAUUUUGGGUUUCUCGACGUUGGAGGUGCGGAUGAGAAAGGCCGCCGCGGGCAGCACGGCCUCGCUGAUGGAUGUAUAUCGAGAGAGACGGACGGAUGGAAAGCCAUGCACAGCACACACAUGAAUCGACUGAUGGCUGUUGAUGGCCAGGCCUCUCAUUCUUGGUACUUAUUUAAUUACCUGGGUAUGGCUGUUAAGGUCACAUAGAUGAUGCCUAUGGAUGGAUGGAUGGAUGGAGGCGUACAGGCCCACGGUGAGAGGGCGUAGAGUGCACGUCUUACUUACCGUCUUGUUUCUCCGUCCCUGGGACCAUUAUCGGCCUGCAAUUAAAUUGCACACACACGCACAAGUCAUGUCUCUCUCUCUGUGCAGUGCAGCAUGGUCUGUCUGUCGCCCACCCCACCAGGCGUUGUUGGCCUCGCUGGUCUGUGGGUCCAGGAAGCUCUUCUUGGCCGUGCCCAGGUACACCCACCUUCUCGAAUCCUGCACCCACACCACCCAUCGCGUCAGUCAGUCAGUCAGUCUUUGUUUGUUUGUUGUGCAGGAGCGUUGCACAUACGUUGGCUCCUUUGGUGUCGUAGACGUCGGCGUGGUAGUGCGGCAUGACCCUCGGCACCUUGGGGGGCAGCUUCCUGAUCGACACGCUCUGCUCGAUGGUCGCCGAGUAUAUCGUCUUGUACACCUUCUUGGGCUGACAGAAACACACACAGACACAGACGUAGAGGGCAGGGCGUGGUUGGCAGAGGAGAGCUUACCACUUCCUUACCUGCACCGGGUUUGUCCGUCUUGACGAGUCGUCGCGCAUGGCUUCCCUGUUUUCGUGGUCAUAUCUGUAAUAUAAUCCAUGCCAUGGGGGGGAGAGGGGAGAUAUCUAUCGUGUGUCUUGACGCGCUCUCUUUGCCACCCUCCGCCCCGCACACAAACGAACUACCUCACCUGCACACGCACACGAGUGUGACAUCGGGCUUGUACAUGGCACUGUGGAUCGUCCACUGCAUGACAGGACACAACCGCACAACGACCGAAUCGAGAGACAGACACACGCAUUGCAUUGCAUAUCCGGCUUGCCUUCCAUUGCGCUUGCUCGGCUCACCUGUAUUCCCUCCAGCGUUGCCUUCCGCCUCAACGCCUCAAGCAUCUGUGUCCUUGCGGGUGGCUUGGCGGCCGGCGGCGGCGGCGUGGGCCCUGACGCACACACGCACACACAACACAAACCAUUUGCGCCUUAGCAGGUAGGUCGAUUGGUCUGUCUCGCCCUCACGUACGUAUGGCUCCCUCGCUAAUCUGCACUGCCUCCGUCUGUACGGCCUCGUCGGAUUUCUCUGGGGGCGGCGAGGGCAGCAGCAGCCGAGGAGACACCUGGUUGAGGUCGAUGAACGGCCACGGCCGAUCGUCCGUCUGAGUCACCUUGCGACGACUGCAUUACACCACACACAGCCCAAGAUGCCGCAUCCGGCUCGACGCACUUUAAGAAUGUUGGUCUGUGUCUCUUCUGCUGACUCGACGCCGAGGCUGUCCCAGUCGUCUCGCGAUGUCUGUGUGGCCCUGCACUUGGUGGGCCGCCGGCGUCGCUGCAGCGGGUGAGCCCAGCGGUCCUCGGGGGCCCUGUGCUGAUCCAGGUACCGCACCUCCAGCAGCAUCUCUUGCAAAUCUGAUGGAGAAAGGGACGCCAGAAGGGAAGACUAGCGAUGGAAGGAAGCAGGGGGGAUCUGGCCAGAGGGUAGCUAGCGACCUUGUAGCCUUGGGUCGAGGGCUCUGAUGGGCUCAACGUAGGCCACCAUGGCGUUGAGGGCGUCACGGGGGCUCAGGUCGCUGAACGUCAGGUGACCCAAGACACCUGCGGUGCGGACCAACACCUGCGGCUGUAGGUAGGAUGGAACGGCUUUACUCCGAUUCACUUACCGACGAUGGAUUGAAUCAUGGCUUCGAGUUGCGAGAUGAGGACGCCCACUUUGUUGCUGAUCUCCUGGAUCAGCCGCAGCUCACCCACCCUCAUCCCACAGGCGCACGACUCUACACCCCCACACCCCCCACACACAAGCGGCAGAGAGUCAAGCAGGAAUCGCACGAGCCCCUGUGCCUGCCUGCCUGCCUGCCGACCGACCUUUCUUCAGGUCGCUGAGGUUGGCCGCUUGUAAUGAUGCAUUGCGUUGUUGCAAGUGGAUGGAUGACAUACAUACACACAUUGAUUGUCUAUAGUUGUGUGUCCAGGUGUGCAUCUGUAUCUGCCAGCUCACGAUUCUAUCUCUUGCGGUCCCUCUCGGCGGUGCCCCAGGAGUGCCGGCGGCCCUCUCCCUCUCUUUCUUGUGCUCAUGGGGGUGGGGCACUGGCGCGUCAGGCCGCCAUGCCGAAAAGGGAGACGACCUCUCUGACAACAUGAAGCAUCAAUGGAGGCCUCCCAUGCCAUCUGCAUUGCGCGUGUGUGUCUACAGAGGAGCUUACAUACUUGUGUGGAACUCAUUUGGUCGGCCAUCACUCUGUCCCGGGCGGAGCAGGUGGGUCCGACCGCGAGGCGUGCCGUCAUCGCCGCCUCUGACAGGCGCCGAACUCACCCUGAACACACACAUGAAUGCGCCAACAUACUCACAGCUUGAGUCAGAAGAGUAAGAAACGCAGCUUGCCUGUGAGCCGCGGAGGAUGGCUGGGGCUCGCGGGGAUAGUAUGACGGGCCGCGGUCGCCGCGCAU